AUGGUUGCUCAGGAGUUGCUCAAUGCAGAUUCGUCUGUGACGUACGAUGCUAUCGUUAUCGGUGCUGGUGUCAUCGGCCCUACCGUCGCUACAGGUUUAGCAAGAAAGGGUAAGAAAGUUUUGAUUGUUGAGAAGGACUGGGAGAUGCCUGAUAGAAUUGUCGGUGAAUUGAUGCAACCGGGUGGUUUGAGAGCGUUGAGAAGCUUGGGUAUGAUCCAGGCGAUCAACAACAUCGAGGCGUGUCCAGUGACUGGGUACACCGUUUUCUACAAUGGCGAGCAGGUGGACAUCCCAUACCCAUACAAGGCUGAUUUGAGCCCGGUCGAGAAGUUGGAGGGCUUGGUCAAGGACGGCAAUGACAAGGUGUUGGAGGACAGCACCAUUCACAUUAGAGACUUUGAAGACGAUGAAAGGGAGAGAGGCGCGGCUUUCGUACACGGGAAGUUUUUGAACAACCUGAGAAACAUGGUCGCAGCGGAAGAGAACGUCACCCGUUUGCAGGGUACCUGUGUGGAAGUGUUGAAGGCCAGAAACAACGAGGUCGUUGGUGCUAAGGUCAACAUUGAGGGACGCGGUAAGGUUGACUUCAAGGCGCACCUGACGUUUGUGUGUGACGGUAUCUUCUCUCGUUUCAGAAGAGAAUUGAAUCCUGAACAUGUUCCUAGUGUCGAUUCUUCAUUUAUUGGCCUGUCGUUGUGGAACGCAAAGAACCCCGUUCCUAUGCACGGACAUGUGAUCCUAGGUCCCAACCACCUGCCAAUCCUGGUCUACCAGAUCAGCCCUGAAGAGACGAGAAUGCUGUGCGCUUAUAACUCUGCCAAGCUGCCAACAAACAUCAAGGCAUGGUUGACCAAGGAAGUACAGCCUUACGUUCCAAAAUCGCUGCGUCCUGCUUUCGAUGCAGCUUUGACUGAGAGCAAGUUCAGAUGUAUGCCAAACUCAUACUUGCCUGCCAGACAGAACGAUGUCACCGGUCUGUGUGUCAUCGGUGACGCUCUAAACAUGAGACAUCCGCUCACUGGCGGUGGUAUGACUGUUGGUUUGAACGAUGUCGUCCUGUUGAUCAAGAAGAUCGGCGACCUUGAUUUCAGUGACCGUGAGACCGUCUUGGAUGAACUUUUGGACUACCACUUUGAUAGAAAGAACUACGACUCUGUGAUCAACGUUUUGUCGAUUGCCCUAUUCGCUUUGUUCGCCGCUGAGAACAAGAACUUGAAAUCCUUGCAGAAGGGCUGUUUCAGAUAUUUCCAAAAGGGUGGCGACUGUGUCGAUGUUCCUGUCAAGUUCUUGUCUGGUGUCAACCCAAAACCUUUGAUGCUAACUCGUGUGUUUUUUGCCAUUGCUCUUUAUGCCGUCUACUUGAACAUCGAAGAGCGCGGAUUCCUGGGUCUGCCUAUGGCCCUAUUGGAGGGUAUCAUGAUCCUAAUCACUGCCACCAAGGUCUUCGCACCAUUCCUAUACCGUGAAUUGUGUGCUUGA